GGGGGGGCAGAUCCGAGGAGCAGAUAGCAGCAAAGAACUGUGCUGCUCACACACACACCGCACACACACACAGAGUCGGGUACUAUUGAACGGCUGACUCCGCUGCCUAACUACCCCUCCUCGGCUCUCUCCUGGGGUAAACCAUGGUGGCUAAAAACAGAAAGCAGACCGGGAAGAGUGCAGCGACCCAGGCUGACCGCGACAAGAGCCCGCUUGUCAAAAGUAACACCAGGCGACCGGGCAGGGAGGGCAAAGCCUGCAGCAGCUCCCACCCGAACGGGCUCUCGGGCAUCGGACACAAGCUCGGGCUGACUCCCUCCGCCGUCGCCAAACUGGGAGUCGCUCUCCUCCUCGAUGACAGACACUUUUCACACUUGUCUAACCUGGAGAAGGAGAUGGCUUUUCGGACAGAAAUGGGCCUGUACUAUUCCUACUACAAGACCAUUAUUGAGGCCCCCUCCUUCCUGGAUGGCCUCCACAUGGUCAUGAACGAUCGGCUGACAGAGUACCCUCUGGUUAUUAACACACUGAAGAGAUUCAAUCUCUAUCCAGAGGUGGUCCUGGCCAGCUGGUACCGGAUGUACACAGGUGUAAUGGGCUACUUUGGGAUUCCCACAAAGAUGUGCUGGUCCAUUAACAGAGGAGAGGGACUCACUCCUGUGGACAGCUGUGAAGGGAUGGGCGACCCGGCGUUUUUCUACGUGACCUGUGUGUUCCUGCUGAACGGCGCGAUGAUGAGCCUGUUCUUCAUUUACGGAGCCUACCUCAGUGGCAGUCGACUGGGUGGCAUUGUUACCACAAUGUGUUUCUUCUUCAAUCACGGCGAGAGCACUCGUGUGAUGUGGACUCCGCCCCUGAGGGAGAGCUUUGCCUACCCCUUCUUAGUCCUGCAGAUGCUCCUUCUCACCUACAUCCUACGGACCCGGAACCCAAGCAGGACAGCCAUGGUCGCUCUUGGCGUCUCCAAUUUGUGCUUCAUGCUGCCUUGGCAGUUCGCCCAGUUCGUGCUGCUCACUCAGGUGGCUUCUCUGUUUGCUUCUUACAUCCUGGGUUACCUCGCUGCCGCCAAGAUGCAAUCCAUCCUGGUCACUCAUAUGAUCACUCUCGGCGUCUGCUUUAUCCUGAUGUUUGGCAACUCCAUGCUGCUCACGUCCUUCUACGCCUCCUCACUCGUCUCCAUCUGGGCAAUCAUUGCAUUGAGGGAUAGAUUUGCUCAAGUCUUCAAACCUGGCAUCGUCAUCUGGGUCAUGCAGGGUUUGGCUUGGGUCGGCUCCACAGUUCUGCUCAAAUUCAUGCUGUCCACAGUCCUCUGUGCCUCGGAUGAUGCUCACAUCAGUGGACUAAUAAAGUCUAAGUUUACAAGCUACAAGGACUUUCACACUCUGAUGUACACGUGUGCUGCUGAAUUUGACUUCAUUGAAUUAGAGACUCCCGUACGCUACCUUAAAACAUUGCUGCUGCCCAUCAACAUGCUGGUGGUUGCUCUCAUUGCUUGGAGGACUCUGCAGGAUAUAGUCCGGUUCCUGAGGGACGGAGGGAAGACCGAUGAUGUUGAUGAAGCUGCAGGGUCUGAAAUUGUCGGAAAAGGAGAGCUGGUGUACCACAGUCUGCAGCUGGUGGCGUUUGCUGUCCUGGCCGUCCUCAUCAUGCGUCUGAAGCUCUUCCUGACGCCCCACAUGUGCAUCAUGGCCUCCCUCAUCUGCUCCAAACAGUUGUUUGGCUGGAUCUUUUUUUGGGGAGAGUUUUAAACACACGAAAUCGUUUUGGGGUGUUUGCGUUCAAUGGCCAUCCUAUUGGCCGUACAAGGGAGUGCCAACCUGCAGGGCCCAGUGGCGAUUAUUGGAGAGUUCAGCAACCUGCCGCAGGAGGAGCUGCACUGGAUCCAGGAGAACGCCCGUCCUGAUUCUGUGUUUGCCGGGGCCAUGCCCACCAUGGCCAGCGUGAAGCUUUCCACAGGUCGGCCAAUCGUCAACCACCCCCACUAUGAAGAUGCUGGUCUGAGGGAGAGAACCAAGCUGGUUUACUCCAUGUACAGCCGCAUGUCUGGAGAAACCGUAAAGAGGAACCUGAUGAAGCUGGGAGUGGACUUCUUCGUCCUGGAGGAUUCCUGGUGCACCAGGCGAACCAGGCCUGGGUGCAGCAUGCCAGAGAUCUGGGACAUUGAGGAUCCCCAAAAUAUUGGUAAAAUCCCCCUCUGCACCCACAUGUCCAGGAACUCACGACCCCACUUCACCACAGUCUUUUCCAAUGACAUUUACAAAGUCCUCAAAGUCCCCAAAGCUACAAAAGAUCUCAGAUAACAUCGUUGGACAGACAGGUUCUUUCCACCGCCUCUGGUGGGUCACUGCCGUUGCGAACUUUUUACCUUUUACUUUCUCGAACCCCCCCCCCUCACAGUUCCACUUUUCUGUAGUAUCCUUUUCCCUGAGCAGUGGACUAACAGUAGGUUGGACAAAACAAUUUUGCCUUGAGUCUCUCCACUCUUGGUGCCCUUACAGGUCUCAGUAUUUGUGACUUAAAGAAACUCCCUUUUUCCCACAUAUUGCCAGUCAUCCUUAUUGCUGCAUCUUCGUCAUCCGGCGACGUUCCCAUUACGCUCGGUGCCCAAGUGAAAAGCCAAAAGGUGUCGCAGCUUUCUUCUGGUUUGUUGCGUCGGUUCUGUUACAUAGAUCCUUAUUUUAAGAAACAUUCUCCUCAAAGAGAAGCUGUUCAUACAUCAGUAUUGGUUUUUUUACUGUAUGGAAUUCAUUUUCUUUGCGCUGAAGAAGUAAAUUUUGUCUGGCGGGACCAAUCAAUGAUGUCCACAUACUGUGAAGCAAUACCCUUUGCAAACUUGACAAAAGCUGACUUCUUCUAUUGUUAUGCACAGUGUAGAUCUCUGAAAAUAAUUUUCAGUAGUACACUAUUUUUAUAAUUUAUUUGUGUGAGUAUUUUUUAUGCAAACUUCAAGGUGUUAAAACAUUUUCAAGCCAACAGUAUUUUAAGAGUCUUUGGAAUCACGGGAAAAUUCAGUUAUUUUGUUCAAAAUCUUUUUGAUAUACAUCAUUCAGCCUUUGCCUCAAGGUAAAAUUUACGUGGUGACUCAGCUUUCAUUCUUAAUUCAUUAUAACCUGGUGGAAAAAAGGUUUUUUAAUGGCAAAUCAUAGGAAGUAAAUAGGGGUGCAACAGAUCACAAAACUCACAGUUCGGAUCGGAUCACGGUUCUGAGUCACGGAUCGGAUAAUUUUUUUGAAUCAGACUAUGACUGCUAUGCUGCUUUUGCUCCGAUAUAGCCGCUAGGAAUGGGAAUUGAUAAGAUGCUAUUAAUACCAUUAUCAGUUCUGCUCAUUAGUCCAGUUCUUUGUGGAAUUGUAAAUUUGUUGAAUGUACACAGGUUUUCAAAGUAAAUGCAGUUAUUUUAUCAUCUCUUAUAGAGUCUGAACACUGUAGAAACUGAGUAGAGUUAAGUUUAUUCAUGAAAUGGAGCAAAGCCUAGGACCAUUUCUUCCUCACCGCCAUGACUCCUCCUUGUUCCAAGCAGCAUAGACAUAUGGGUUUGACGUCACCGUUCUGCAACGUGCAACUGUCAGAAAAACAUGCUGACAUUGGAUCAAAUAAUUUAGAAGCGGUUUUAUACUGGAAGCUGACGGCUGCUGCGUCACAGACAAGCUUAGACUGGAGCUGCUCCGAUGAGCGGAUCUGUGCAUCGAUGGGAAGGCAGCAGAUAUUUCCCAACUUGGAAUAAACAUCACAGUCUUAUUAUCUAUUUUGUAAUGACCGGUUUUGCAGUUACACCACUGAAAAUGCCCGAAGUCACAGCCUACAGGAUUCUACUCAGUGGAGUUAAAUCCGUUGCUCUUCCCUAACCCAGUCAUUAGGAUUCAGAUUUUAACAGCACACAUCUGUUUUGUAUAUCUUUUCGCUGAAAACUGACUCUGCAAAUCGAGAUUUAAGGAAGUACUCAUUUAGGGGGGGCAGGCAGUCUGUACGGAUCAACUAUGAUCUGUUGCACCACUAAAAACUGAACAAGUAGAUUGCCUGUACUGUGUCAUUUGACAGCGUUUUUGUAAAUACCCAAACAACUGUUUUGUAAAAUGCCACUGUACAGCCUUUAAAAGGUACUUUUUGUUUCUUGAAUUGUUAAUUGCCAAAGUAAGUCUUUAGUAAUUAAAGCUGCGUGUUUGGGGUACUGUAGCACAUGAAAGAUGUGUGUUUUAGUUAUUGAGAACCAUCAGUUUGUGAGUUCUGUAACAGCCAAUCCAAACUAUUUGUAGCAGUGGAUUUUAUGUAAAUGGUAGCAGUCGUUGGUUCCUUCUUGGGGCCUCAUUAAUGACUGUUUGACAUUUUAGGAAAUGAUUUGCUUAUUCACUUACUUGCUAAGAGAAGACUGAUACCACUCUUGUGUCUGUAGAAACAAGAAUCUCCUUCGGAAGGGGACAGUUUAGCUCAUCACUAUCAUUAGCUUGUCUUUUACAACCACUGUAGGUUCAAUUAGCAGUGGCACCAUAGCUGCAUGUUGUAUUGGUGGUUUCACCUUAUAUCAUCUUUUUUAAUUGCAGUCAGUUUAACUCACAUUCACUAUACUUUAAGGUUUUUUUCUCAUAUCAACCCCAUUUUAUUUGUUACUGAAGCUUGGUGCCACUUUCAGAAGGGGGAAAAGCUUUACAACACGUUUUUUUUUUCACAUGGCUCUAUAAAUGAGUCAACAUACAGCAGGUUUGUCUUAUAGUGAUAGUUGUUUGUCUUUGAAGGACUAGUUCAACAUUUUGGAAAAAUAAAAUGCUUCUUCCCGUUUUCGUCCAGAGUUAAAUGUGAAUAUUGAUUCCACUCUUGUGUCUGUCAGCAGGUUAGCUUAGCUUAGCUUAGCACAAAGACUCAAAGAGCUGGUCUGGUCAGUUCAAAUAUGUACCUCACAAGACCUCUACAAGCGUAAAGAGUUGUGGUUUUAUAGGACGUUAUGUGCUGGACUGUUUUUUGACCGAGGGUAGCAAUCUCCGCUGGUUGCCUGGCAACCUUGCAGCGACAACAAGAUAGCAAAAGGUUAAUGUUCUUACCAAGAAACAGUCUGGCACAUAACUUCCUGUAAAACCUCAAUUACUCAUUUUUUACUCUAGUUUUUGUACGGAUUAAACAAAUGAGAAAUGGGCAGUCAAAUGAUUCACUUUAGAGGUGCUGGUAGGUAGAUUUUGUUUGAUUUUGUCCAAAAUGUCAACAUGUUCCUAUAAGAGGCAGGAGUCGAACAUCAUCACUUCUUCCUCCUACAAGAGUGCGAGUCUAGGCCACCGCUGCACAAACAUUUGGCUGUUAAUGGGUUUUCUGUUGCAUGUUUACUCCUCCAACAUGAUGACAUAUAUUUCACAAUCACUAGUGACUUCUCAAAUAUUCUGUGAUGGUUUUGUUUCUAUAAAGGCUUCAAGUUUCUCUCAGCUUUAAUGUAUUUCUCGUGUAUGAAGUUGUAACAGGUUGAAAUCAUUACGGUACAACACACCUCGGUGCUGCUGAUUUCAUUGAUUUGGCACCGGAAAGUACAAAUAUUAAAGAAAGAUUAGUGAGAUGAUACUUUUAAACGAAAACAAACGUACGUUCACAAUUCAAAAACUCCUACUGUGAUGAGAUUAAAUGUGCCAGAGCGAGCGGUUGAACAAAUCAUACGGUGCACAUUUAAUCUGUGACAUUCUGUCGGUCUGAUUUCAGAGCUGUUUGUUUGUUUGUGUACUAUUUGUACAAAGACUGAGGUUUCGCGGUGUAGAAGUGAAGUGCCCGUUUUAAAGGAGUGGGGCGGUGGUCACACUUCCUGAAACACUUUGACGUAAAUAGUUUAUUCCUGUCGCAGGCGUUGGUGUGUUUCAGAUGUCUUUUAUAAUAUUUGUCUAUUUUGUCUGUAUUUUAAAAAAUAAAGUAUUUGCCUUCAGCACUACUGUUUUUUUUUGUCUUAAUGUGUUUAAAAGAAAUAAUUUUCUUUCUCAACUUAAGUCUAUUAAGGAAUGUUUGACUUCGCACACAGCGGUUGAGUUUGACAGCUGCUUUAUACAAAGUCGACAGAGGCACACUUUUUUUUUUUAAAGCUUUGGCGUUUGCCCCAUGCUUUGUUUGCUGGUGUCCUCCAUUUCUGUCAAACAACCUAAUA